AUGGAUGCGUCUGAGGACUGCUGCGUCGAGUUCUACCACGACGUUGGGCAGCUUUACCCCGUGUGCUCCACCGACGCACAGAUGGUGCAGCCGCUUCACCGCGAGGCAGGGUGGCGAAGUCGCGAAGAAAAGGAGUGGUUCGCGUGCCCCGCAACAAAGGAUGCCGUGUCACGCGCCUUGAGCGACAACGACUAUUGCAGCUCGCUACCGCCUCCAGAGGAAGGGUGCGCUGGCUCUCUGUCCAGGAGUGAGGCGCCGAGCUCUGCGGAGUCGCUUUCCUUCUCCUGGGACGAACUGCAGAGCAUUCGGCAGUUGAUGGGCGCCGUGUCUAAAACCACGGCCGCACAACUGCUGGAAAGCUUCUCCUCCACGGGUCAGGAUCUCUCCGCGAGGAGCGUGCAGCAGCAGCGUGCCAAGGACCAACUCUUGCGCAAGCGAAACCGUGUCCGAACCGUAGGAGACGCGCGACCUGCGCGUCCGUCGGCAUCCCCGUCGGAAAACGGCCCCGUCGCGCAAGCGGCGUCGUCGCCACCGCGAACGCGACACCGGCCUGUGAGAGAGUACCGCGCGACCGCGCACAGUCGUGCGUUGAGCAAAGAUGACGCAGCCCAUGACGAUGACGAGGAUUCAUGGAUGGCCGCGACGGUCCAAGGAUCGUCAGACCGUGCGAGUGGCGGAAGGGGAAAGCAGGGCGAGCGGACAGUGGCUGAGGAGUGCGAAGGGCCCGUGUCAAGUAAGCUUGUGCAGGCCGCCGAUCCCGAGAUCCUCGAGGUGAUCCGUGCCGAGGUUUUUUGA